GUGAUCCCGGUAAAGGAUUAAAACUCUGUUAUAAUCUCGUUUCCUUGUUUGUGGAGUAUUUUUCCUCGCUUGAACGAAGUAUUUCGCUCUAUUUUUUAAAGAGAACUUAAAUUGGAAGUGUAAAGGUCUGAGAAAAGUGCUAUAGUUGUGCGGAAAAAGCAAAAAACCGCAGCAAAAUGGCCCACGCGGUGCCAAAGAUCUUAAUUUAUCUUCGGUAUUUUGACUUCACUGUGUAAACAAAGCUAUUGAACUUCACGUUUAAAAUAUGGAGAAAGUGAAGGUGUGCAGCUCAGCCAAUGCUCUGUUCAGUUGCUCUCGUGGUCUGCCAACUUUGCCUCCUCUGCCGCCGACGGUAGACGUCCCGUCUGAUUUGUACAAGAUUGUGGUUCGGCACAGUGAAUAUCCACCAAUCAUGAAGGACAUGUCUUGGACGCGGGCAGCCCCAUACAAGGAGACAAUGUACCACAGAACGCCAAGUGAAUCAAUUGCUAAUAAUUACACGCCCACUGCUAACGAACUUAAAAUGAAAAAUUUACUGAAAAUUCAACAAUCACAGACAAGACCUCAUACCAGAGCAACAAGCCAGCCUUCUCGAGAAAUAGUGCAUCUCACAAGUAGAAGACCUGUCACACAUCAGAGAAGCAAGUCCGAGGGACGAAGACAGACCUUGAAAGAGGAACCAAAAGUGAUGGCUCCGAGCAGAGCCAUUACUCCUGCAGAACAAAUGGAAAUGAUGAAGAAAAUGGACGAAAGCAAUUCUGGUGAAUCAUUUCAUGAUCGUGAACCUUCAAAACAGGAUCUCAAGCGUUAUAAUUUCUACAUCACAAAAAGCAUACGAAUGGAUUCUCUUGCGUUAUGUAACCCAGCGAUUAUGCGACGUAUUUUGGCCAACAAAAUACCAGAAAAGCUUCAGUCAGACCCGGAACUUGAUGCUUUAUUAAACGAUUUAUUUAAAGAAGUCGAAGACGAUUACAUUUUCAGCAUACGGAAAGCGAUAGUCGACUACAUUCUAAUGGAUCCAUCGGAGAAAGUUCGUCUCAGCAUCAGCGCUAUUCCUAAACCAUUUCCUCGAAGAACUAUACGUGCACCGGUGCCUUGGCAUAACUCGUACCAAAGAGGGAAAGAUAUGGUGAUAAAAAAUGUUUUUACAACCAAUCCGGUCAUGAUGGAAAUACAAAAUGUUUGGACAAACAGAUUUUCUCAGGUACGUUUUGUUGACGGUGACGAACUACGUGCGUCUGGGCUACCUGUUGCACCUGAGGAAUUCCAAGAACUUGUUAGAAAACAGUGUCUACGAACAAGAGAAUUCCUCAAGAAAACAUGGAUAACAGAAUGUGCCAAGGUUCUCCUAGACUGUAAACAACACUGGACACAUCUCAUUCCAGCGAAUGAAGGCGAUUCAGCCUCACUCAUACAGAAAUUCUUCUCAUGCGUCGGAGCUCUGAUGUCCAUACAGCUUAGAAGCCUCGUUCUGAACUCGUUAAAAGAUUUCCUUGAAUUUCUUCGACAGUACGAGGAUGGAAAUGAUUUUGGUGAAACUUAUCAUGACUUGAAAUAUGUCGUCCAACAGAUUAUCACAGUCCAGUUGCGCAUAGAUGGAGCAAAGAUCAGUUUUGACCCUCCAUUUCGAACUCUGCGUGAUGUCAUUUUAACACUGAUGUCUGAGAUAGUUAUCAGUGCUCAUGAGUUACCCAGGGUUGAGACAGAGUUAUUUCCUGAUAUGGCGGAGAGUCAGUUAUUUUUGCGCAGUGUGGAUGUUGAUGAAAUACUCGUUCAAGAGUACAUGGAACAGGCCGUGGAAAUUGUCAAACUAAACACUAUUGGUCCGCAAAAAUACUUGAAUACGUACAAGAAAUACCAAGAUCUUUUUAAUAACAAAGCUGAGAUCGACGUUGCGACAUUUCUCGAAGAGCAGAUAGCACUCUUGUCGUUUUCCAAGAGAAUAGACUCAUAUCAAAAUCUUGCCUCAGAGAUAUCGUCGUUAUAUUUGACCGUACCACUUAACAUGUUCUGCUUGAACUGUCACGAAGUCAACGCAGAGCUUGCCGAAAGGGCGACCAAGUUGGCUGAUAAAUUGAUUUUGCACAUUGUUGAUGGUAACAGGGAUACGAACCGCGGGUUAUGUAAGCAAUAUGACGAGAUCUCUGACAAGGUGCAAGAGAUGCCUAAUAAUACAGCAGAUUUGGUAGCAUUGACACAGUAUUUGGAACAUGCCAGUACAGCCCUUGUUAUGAAACUACAGACGUCAGUUGAUGAGGCUGCUGAGAGAUUGGUAUUCCUGUUGGAUUAUGCCACAUUAUCAUUUGAGGACAUCAAGUUAAACAGCACAGUGUUUCACUGGCCACAACAUAUCCAGAAAAUCUUCGAGCUUAGUCGGAAUAGAGUCGGACAUCGCCGUGACCUUGCUAUGGAAGAUCUCAGGAAAAGAGUGAAGGCUUACGAGGAGAAGUUAAAUGGCUACAGCAAGGAAGUCGAAGCAUUCAGGAAAAAAGAAAUCAUGGCAAUUGAUGAAAUGACAAAAAAUGUAGAAAAACUGGAUGAAAUUGAGGUGUCUUUGACCAGUGCCAGAGACGAACUUGAGGAGUUAAAUAGAGAGGAGGAGCUUCUUGAAUGGGAACCCUCUCAAUUUCCCGUCCUUCAAGAAAUGAUCGCGUACAAGGAACCUUAUGAUAAACUCUGGAGAACCGCGUUCAACUUCCACAACAAACACGAACACUGGCUGAACGGUCCAUUCUCCGAGGUGAACGCGGAAGAGGUUGAAGAGGAAGUGAGUGGCAUGUGGAGAACAAUGUACAAGCUCACCAAAUCAUUUUCCGACGUUCCUGGUCCGAAGAGAAUCGCCGACAGCGUGAAGACAAAGAUCGACAAAUUCAAAGCUCAUCUUCCUCUGCUGCAGACGAUCUGUAAUCCUGGUAUCAGAGACAGACAUUGGGAUCUAAUGAGUGACAUUGUCGGUUUUGACAUCAAACCCGAGGCAGAUACAUCUUUAUGUAAUAUGCUGGAGUAUGGCCUUCACAAGUGUUUAGACAAACUGGAAGACAUCAGCGUCUCAGCUAGCAAGGAAUUCUCUUUGGAAAAAUCUCUGGAGAAAAUGAAAUCGGAAUGGGCUGAGAUGUACUUCGAAUUCAUCGCGUAUCGAGACACGGGAGUAUCCAUCCUAUCAUCUGUGGAUGAUAUUCAGUUGCUUCUUGAUGAUCAUGUUGUGAAAGCACAGACCAUGAGUGGGUCGCCUUUCAUCAAACCUUUUGAAGCCGAAAUUAAAGAAUGGGUGGAGAAACUGAUUCUCAUGCAGGACAUUAUUGAUGCUUGGUUGAAGUGUCAAGCAACAUGGCUUUAUCUCGAGCCAAUUUUCAGUUCAGAAGACAUCAUGGCUCAGAUGCCGGAGGAAGGCAGAAAGUUUGGCAUCGUGGACAGUUACUGGCGUGACAUCAUGGCCGAGUCCGUCAAGGACACAAAGGUCCUGGUGGCAACUGGUCAGGCCAACAUGUUGGGAAGAUUAAACGAAUCAAAUGUUCUUUUGGAAGAAAUACAGAAAGGAUUGAACGCCUACUUGGAAAAGAAACAAUUGUUUUUCCCCAGAUUUUUCUUCUUAUCCAAUGACGAGCUGUUGGAGAUCUUAUCAGAAACUAAAGAUCCUCUCCGCGUCCAGCCACAUCUCAAGAAAUGCUUUGAAGGAGUUUCAAAACUUGAGUUCACGGACGAGCAAGAGAUUGUUGGGAUGAUCAGCGCGGAAAAUGAAACCGUUCCAUUCAGUUCAAAGAUUUAUCCUGCUAAAGCCAAGGGUAUGGUUGAAAAAUGGUUGAUUCAAGUUGAAGAAGUUAUGAUUCAAAGUUUAAUGAAAGUCGCUGAGGACGCUGUGUCGGGAUACUCCAAUACACCUCGGGAAAGAUGGGUGAAAGAAUGGCCAGGACAGAUUAUAUUAGCGGUCAGUGGUAUAUACUGGACGAUGGAGGUUUCUAAGGCAAUAACUGAAAAAGACGGACUUAAGAAUUAUUUGAAAAUGAGCAAUGAGAUGUUAGAGAAGAUUGUGUUCCUCGUUCGAGGAAAACUGGACAAAGGAAUUCGUGUAACUUUGGGUGCCUUAACAGUUAUCGAUGUUCAUGCACGGGAUGUUGUUGAAAAGAUGUACAAGGACGGUGUUUGCGAUACGAAUGAUUUCCAAUGGCUCGCACAACUUCGCUAUUAUUUCGAGGAGAAAUCAGUCGUGGUUCGAAUGAUCACAACAGACAUCAAUUACGGUUACGAAUAUCUGGGAAACUCUGGAAGACUAGUCAUCACUCCUCUCACCGACAGAUGCUACAGAACAUUGAUGGGAGCUCUGAAGUUAAACCUGGGUGGAGCGCCAGAGGGUCCUGCUGGGACUGGGAAGACAGAAACAUCAAAAGAUCUCGCCAAAGCUGUCGCCAAACAGUGCGUUGUCUUCAACUGCUCCGAUGGUCUCGAUUUCAAAGCUAUGGGAAAGUUUUUCAAAGGUUUAGCGCAGGCAGGAGCCUGGGCGUGUUUGGACGAGUUCAACAGAAUUGAAUUAGAGGUGUUGUCAGUGGUUGCUCAACAAAUUCACACAAUUCAAAAAGCCAUCGCGGCACAGCUGAAGACAUUCAUCUUUGAAGGAACAGAACUGGUGCUCAAUCCAACAUGCACCAUGUUCAUCACAAUGAAUCCAGGCUACGCGGGUCGUCAAGAACUUCCCGAUAAUCUGAAGGUUCUCUUCCGAACUGUGGCAAUGAUGGUGCCAGAUUACGCUCUUAUCGCUGAGAUAUCUCUAUAUUCUAUGGGGUUUGUCGAUGCCAGAAGUUUGGCUCAGAAAAUCGUCGCUACUUACACGCUGUGUUCGGAGCAGCUCUCGUCCCAGUCUCAUUAUGAUUAUGGUAUGCGCGCGGUCAAGUCGGUCCUUACCGCCGCGGGAAAUCUUAAGUUGAAGUUCCCGGAUGAUGAUGAAGCAGAGCUUAUUCUUCGCGCCAUUUUGGAAGUAAAUCUGGCGAAAUUUUUGUCUCAGGAUGUGCCGUUGUUUGAAGGUAUCAUCUCAGAUCUUUUCCCUGGAACUCCGUGGCCAAAUCCCGACUACGGCGCUCUGAAGGAAGCCUUGAAUGACAACUGUCGACAGCGCAAUCUUCAGGCCACGGAAUGGUUCGUGAAGAAAAUUAUCCAGAUUUAUGAAAUGAUGAUCGUUCGUCAUGGUUUUAUGAUCGUUGGUGAACCUCUUGGUGGAAAGACCAUGGCUUUUAAGGUUCUCGCCGACUCUCUCGCUGAUCUAGAAAAAGCUGGUUUGCCUGAGAAUUUGGUGAAAUACAUCAUCAUCAACCCGAAAUCGAUCACGAUGGGUGAACUCUACGGUAGUUUUGAUCCGACCUCACACGAGUGGUCCGAUGGUGUUCUCGCUAACAACUUCCGUGAGCAAGCAGCGUCGACGAGCGAAGAUCGAAAAUGGAUUGUGUUUGACGGUCCAGUUGACGCUGUUUGGAUUGAGAACAUGAACACCGUGUUGGAUGACAACAAGAAGUUAUGUCUGAUGAGUGGCGAGAUUAUACAAAUGAGUUCAAAACAAAGUUUGAUAUUUGAACCGUCAGAUCUUGAGCAAGCUUCACCAGCGACCGUCAGUCGUUGUGGUAUGAUCUAUUUAGAACCACACCAGCUUGGUUGGACCCCUCUGCUUGAUUCCUACAUGAACACUCUUCCUCCAUCCUUGUCAAAAGAACACAGAGAGACUAUAAAGAGCUUGUUUGACUGGCUGAUGCAGCCUUGUCUUGAUUUCCUUCGACACGAGUGUAAGUUCUUUGUCCAGACAUCGCCACUUCAUCUAACUUCUUCGCACAUGAGGUUGUACACGUGUCUUAUGGAUGAGAUUAGUGCCCAGGCCACGGCUGAAGGCUCGGACAGAAUGUCAGCAACCCAGAUCUCCAGUUGGCUGCAAGGUCUAUUCCUGUUCGCCAUGGUCUGGGGUGUGGCUGGAACCAUCACGGGAGACAGCAGAAAGAAGUUUGACGCUUUCUUCAGAUUGUUGAUUAGUGGCACUGAUAAAGAUCAUCCCAAGCCUAAAAACAUUAAAUUAAGCAAGCAAAACGUGUUUCCGGACCCAGGCAUAGUAUAUGAUUACUACUUCGUGAAGCAAGCCAGUGGCUCUUGGGGAAAAUGGAUGGAUUAUGUUGACAAGAAGAAAUUAGAGAUUCCCAAGGAUGCUAAGGUCAGUGAGCUGACAAUUCAAACUGCGGACACAGCCAGACAGACAUUCUUCCUCGACACGUAUCUUCCUCAUGAGAUUCCCAUGUUGUUUGUCGGACCAACCGGAACAGGGAAAUCUGCAAUUACCAACAACUAUCUCGUGGGAUUACCCAAGGAGAAGUAUAUACCUAUCAACAUAAAUUUCUCAUCGCGAACAAGCGCUGGUCAAACCCAGGAUAUCAUUAUGUCGAAACUUGACCGUCGUCGUAAAGGUGUGUAUGGUCCACCACCUGGUAAGAAAUGCGUGGUAUUUGUGGACGAUCUGAACAUGCCUGCCUUGGAGAAGUAUGGUGCCCAGCCUCCCAUCGAGCUGCUCAGACAAUGGAUCGAUCAUCGACAUUGGUAUGACAGAAAAGAUACGUCGAAAGUGGACCUCAUUGAUCUGCUCUUCGUGUCAGCCAUGGGUCCACCUGGUGGAGGUCGUAACCACAUUACUGGUCGCUUUACGAGACAUCUCAACGUCGUUUCUAUUGACAAGUUCGACGACAAUACUCUGACCAGCAUAUUCACCUCCAUUGUUGACUGGCAUUUUGCUAAAGGCUUUGAUGCAACUUUCCAAAGAUUGGGCAAGCUCAUUGUACUCGCGACCUUACAAAUAUACAAAGCGGCUGUUGAGAACUUCUUACCCACCCCUACUAAGUCACAUUACGUGUUCAACCUGCGGGACUUCGCGCGUGUGAUAUUUGGAGUCCUCCUCGUGCCAGCCUCCCGGAUGCAGGAAGGCGACAAGCUGAUACGACUGUGGAUACACGAAGUGUACCGAGUGUUCUACGAUCGUCUCAUCGACGACAAAGAUCGCCAUUUCUUCUUCGAUAUGAUGAAACAAACGGCCAAAACCCAGCUGAAAGUUGAGAUGGAUAAAGUCUUGGGUCACCUGGUCCCAACUGGCGAGAAAUUACAUGAUGACCAUAUUAGAGGGUUGUUCUUUGGUGACUACAUGAACGUCGAUUCUCCUGAGAAAAUCUACGACGAGAUUUCAGAUUUCGCCACACUGACCUCGCAAAUGGACACGUACCUGGAUGAAUUCAAUCAAAUGAGCAAGACUCCGAUGUCUUUAGUGAUGUUCAAGUUUGCUAUCGAGCAUAUUUCUCGUGUAAGCAGAGUGUUGAAGCAAGACAAUGGUCAUCUCCUGUUGGUCGGCAUUGGAGGAAGCGGUCGGCAAAGUGCCACGCGUCUUGCUGCAUUCAUGGCCGACUAUGAUCUCUUUCAAAUCGAAAUCACCAAGAGUUAUACUAAAACGGAGUGGAGAGAUGACUUGAAGAAGAUGUUGAUAAAGGCUGGUGUUGAUGGCAAGCCCACUGUCUUUCUGUUCAGCGAUAAUCAGAUCAAGGAAGAGUCGUUUGUCGAGGAUAUUAACAUGAUCUUGAACACGGGAGAUGUUCCAAAUAUCUUCCCUGCUGACGAGAAAGCUGAGCUCAUCGAUAAGAUGCAGAAUGUUGCCAGACUCGAGGGUAAAAAGAUCGACGCCACUCCACUGGCCAUGUACACAUAUUUCAUCGACCGUGUUAAAGGCAACCUUCACGUGGUCCUGGCGAUGAGUCCAAUCGGCGACGCCUUCCGAAACAGACUGCGCAUGUUCCCAUCCUUGAUCAACUGCUGUACCAUUGAUUGGUUCCAGGCGUGGCCUGAGGAUGCGCUAGAGAUGGUGGCCAAUAAAUUCCUGGAAGAAGUCGAGAUGGCGGACAACGUGAGAAACGAGUGCGUGUGGAUGUGUAAAUAUUUCCAUGAAAGCGUGCGGAAAACAUCGGAAAGGUACUAUGACGUAUUACGACGUCACAACUACGUCACACCGACGUCAUACCUGGAACUAAUUUUGACGUUCAAAGCUUUGCUCGGAGUGAAACAGAGCGAGAUCCUGGGUUUGAAAAACAGAUAUGUGACCGGUCUGGAGAAACUGGAGUUCGCUGCAUCACAAGUGUCCGUCAUGCAGGAAGAACUCACGGCCUUACAACCAGAACUCAUUCAAACCUCUGCAGAAACGGAGAAAUUGAUGAUCAAAAUAGAGCAGGACACAGUUGAGGUCGAAGCGAAAAAAGAGGUUGUUGGUGCUGACGAGGCGGUGGCAAACGAAGCUGCGGCUGUAGCCAAAGGAAUCAAGGACGAAUGUGAAGGUGAUCUCGCUGAGGCUCUGCCUGCACUGGAGUCUGCUAUUCAAGCUUUAGAUACAUUGAAACCAAGUGAUAUCAGUAUGGUCAAGACCAUGAAGAAUCCACCAGCUGUGGUAAAACUAAUUCUGGAGGCAGUGUGUGUAAUGAAAGCGUUGAAACCCGAACGAAAACCUGAUCCAUCCGGUUCCGGGAAAAUGAUCGAAGAUUACUGGGGCCCUUCUCAGAAAAUGUUGGGAGACAUGAAAUUCCUUGAAUCCUUGAAGAACUACGACAAAGACAAUAUUGCUCCUGCUGUGAUGAAAAAGAUACGUGACAAGUAUAUUCCCCACACCGACUUCAACCCAUCCAUCGUUCGUAAUGUAUCUUCAGCAUGUGAAGGAUUGUGCAAGUGGGUGCGAGCACUCGAGGUUUAUGAUCGGGUGGCCAAGGUUGUUGCUCCGAAGAAGGAGAAAUUAGCAGCCGCCGAAGCCGAGCUCGCCGUGCAGAUGAAACAACUGAACGCCAAAAGAGCUGAACUGAAAGAGGUUGAAGAUAAGCUGCAAGCAUUGAACGACCAGUUUGACGCGAUGACAACGAAGAAGAAAGAUCUAGAAGAUAACAUCGACCUGUGCUCGAAAAAGCUGGACCGAGCCGAGAAGCUGAUUGGGGGACUGGGAGGAGAGAAAGACAGAUGGACGCAAGCAGCUAACACUCUAUCAGACAAGUAUUCAAAAGUAACCGGAGACGUUCUCCUUUCAUCUGCUGUCGUUGCUUAUCUUGGACCGUUUACUGUCGACUUCAGAAACGAUUGUAUUGCUGAAUGGAUGGAGUUGUGUCUGAAACGUAAAAUUCCAUGUUCGGAAGGAUUUUCAGUGAACGCCACGCUGGGGGACCCUGUCAAGAUUAGAGCCUGGCAGAUUGCUGGCUUACCCGUUGACUCGUUUUCAAUUGAUAAUGGAAUCAUUGUUGAUAAUGCACGGCGAUGGCCUCUUAUGAUUGACCCACAAGGCCAAGCUAAUAAAUGGAUAAAAAAUAUGGAGAAACAAAACAAAUUGUCCGUUGUCAAGUUAUCAGAUGCAAAUUAUGUUCGCACCCUGGAGAACAGUAUUACUUUUGGCACACCUGUGUUAUUAGAGAACGUCGGAGAGGACCUGGACCCGAUUUUAGAACCGCUACUUUUGAAACAAACCUUUAAACAAGGAGGAGUUGAGUACAUCAAGUUAGGUGAAAACAGUAUCGAAUAUUCUAAAGAUUUCCGGUUUUACAUCACUACAAGAUUGCGUAACCCACAUUAUCUGCCCGAGAUUUCGGUCAAGGUGACAUUACUGAACUUCAUGAUCACUCCACUGGGUCUAGAAGAUCAGUUGCUCGGGAUUGUUGCUGCCAAGGAAAAGCCAGAACUGGAAGAAAAGAAGAAUAAAUUGAUUCUCGAGAGUGCAGCCAAUAAGAAACAACUCCAAGAAAUUGAAGAUAAGAUUCUUCAGGUGUUAUCUUCUUCUGAGGGAAAUAUUCUCGAAGACGAGACUGCUAUCACAAUAUUGUCUUCAUCUAAAGCUCUAUCUGAAGAAAUUCAGGCCAAACAGGAAAUAGCCUCAGCAACAGAGAAAGAAAUAGAUGAAACACGCAAUGGAUAUCAACCUGUGGCCAAACAUUCUUCCAUCUUGUUCUUCUGUAUCUCAGAGCUGGCCAACAUUGAACCGAUGUAUCAGUAUUCCCUCACCUGGUUUAUCAACCUUUACCUUCAGUCAAUCAACAAAAGCAAGCGUUCGUCAAUAUUAGAAGAACGUAUUCGAUACCUCAAUGACCAUUUCACUGAGAGCAUUUACAUCAACGUCUGUCGAUCUUUGUUUGAAAAGGAUAAACUAUUGUUCUCGUUUGUUCUCACAGUUGGUAUUAUGCAGGGAAGAGGUGACAUCGACGAUCAAGUCUGGCGUUUUCUCCUCACUGGUGGCGUAGCUCUUGAGAACCCGUAUCCAAAUCCCUGUCCUGAUUGGUUGAUUGAGAAAUCAUGGUCAGAAAUCGUACGAGCUUCUGAUUUGACAAACCUCAAGGGACUUAAGGAUGAUUUCGACGGUGCAAGUUGGAAAGCUUUUUACGACUCAGCAUCACCCCAUACUGAGAAAUUUCCCGGCAGCUGGAACGCACUUUCUGGCUUGGACAGGCUGGUUGUCCUUCGUUGUCUCCGUCCUGAUAAAAUAGUCCCUGCUGUUCAGGACUUUAUCGUAGAGAACAUGGGUCGUACAUAUAUCGAACCACCGACAUUUAACCUGGAGUUGAGUUAUGGUGAUUCGCAUUGUUGUGCUCCUCUGAUCUUCAUUCUCUCCCCUGGAGCUGAUCCUAUGGCUUAUCUACUGAAGUUUGCUCAGGAUCAGGGCAUGGGGGGUGACAGGACUCAAACCAUAUCACUCGGACAAGGACAGGGUCCAAUCGCCGCCCGUAUGAUUGACGAUGCUCUGAAGAAAGGCACGUGGGUUGUUCUGCAGAACUGUCACCUGGCAACCAGCUGGAUGCCGAAGUUGGAGAAAAUUUGUGAAGAGGUCAUCGUUCCUGAAGCGACGCAUAAAGAUUUUAGAUUGUGGUUGACUAGUUAUCCCUCACCUGACUUCCCUGUUUCCAUCCUUCAAAAUGGUGUUAAAAUGACGAACGAACCUCCAAAAGGAUUGAGAGCAAACAUUCUGCGUUCUUACCUCAACGAUCCCAUCUCAGAUCCGACGUUCUUUGAAGGAUGCAACAAGCCUGUGAAUUGGCGCAAGUUGUUGUUUGGUUUAUGCGUCUUUCACGCCUUGGUUCAAGAGAGAAGAAAAUUCGGUCCAUUGGGAUGGAACAUUCCUUAUGAAUUCAAUGAAUCUGACCUUCGCAUCAGCAUGAGACAACUACAGAUGUUCUUGAAUGAUUACGAGCACCCCCCGCUGGACGCUCUUGUUUACCUGUUUGGCGAAUGCAAUUACGGGGGGAGAGUAACCGAUGAUAAAGAUCGACGCUUGUUGCUUAGCUUGCUGUCAAUAUUUGUCUGCGGUGACAUCAUUGAGAACGAUCUCCACAACUUUUCUCAAAGUGGGACAUAUUAUUGUCCUAGCCACGGACCAUAUGAAACGUAUUUAGAGUACGUGAGAUCAUUGCCGCUCAAUCCACAUCCUGAGGUCUUUGGCCUUCACGAGAACGCUGAUAUCACAAAAGAUCAGAAAGAAACAAAUGAGUUGUUUGAUUGUAUUCUGCUAACAUUACCACGGCAAUCAGGAGGAGGUGGAAAAUCAUCUGGAGAGAUAAUGGAAGAACUCGCCGCGGAUAUCUUGUCAAAGUUCCCGCCAAGGUUUGAACUCGAAGACGUCAUGGAGCGGUACCCAGUCCUCUACACGGAGUCAAUGAACACGGUCUUACGACAAGAGCUAAUACGAUUCAACAGACUCACAGACGUGGUUCGCGCUACGUUAGUUAAUUUGCAAAAAGCCAUAAAGGGUCUGGUAGUGAUGUCCGCAGAGUUAGAAGAUGUCUUCAAUAAUAUGUUGGUCGGCAAGGUACCAGCCGUUUGGGCCGCAAAAUCUUAUCCAUCUCUCAAACCUCUUGGCAGCUACGUUUCUGACCUUCUCGAAAGACUCGCGUUCUUCCAAAAAUGGAUCGAUGACGGGACGCCAAAUGUGUUUUGGAUUUCUGGAUUCUACUUUACACAGUCCUUUCUCACGGGUGCGCGUCAAAAUUUUGCUAGAAAAUACACAAUUCCCAUCGACUUUGUUGGCUUUGAGUUUGAAGUGAUGACGCAGGAGACAGAUAUGGAUAACAAACCAGAGGACGGUGUUUAUGUCAGGGGAUUAUUCCUUGAAGGUGCAAGAUGGGACCGGCAAAAAAUGGCAUUAGGAGAGUCGUUACCUAAAAUACUUUUUGACACGUUACCUAUUAUGUGGGUAAAACCUGGUGAAAAAUCUCAAUUCAAAGCAAAAGCUACCUACCAAGCUCCGGUAUAUAAGACCAGCGGUCGUCGCGGUACUCUCUCUACCACGGGCCACUCCACAAACUUUGUCAUGUUCGUUCAACUUCCUUCAGAUGAUCCCGAGCGUCAUUGGAUCAACAGGGGAGUGGCACUACUUUGUCAGUUGGAUGAUUAAAUAGCUCACCAGAUAUUCCUCUACAAACGUUUUCUGAUAACUAAACUUUCUAAGUACAAACUCAGUUUUUAACGCGUGCAUACACUUUGGGUGCCCAAAGCAUUCCUAUAUUCGAAAAAUGGUAUAACUCGAAGCGUCCGUAUAUUAUAUAUAUAUUGUAUGAUUUUUGUAUAUAUUAUUUUACAGUAA